AUGUUUCCUUCGCCUAAGCAGCUCGCGGAAGGAGCGGAUUUAGCCAAGCUAUGCAGCACAGUCUCGGCUCUGUAUGAUGCAUGCGCCAACAAAAUACAUGUACCACAACUUGAUCGAACAGCUUUGGAAGCACUGUUGCAGUACCAGGAUUCGGUCUGGCGCAAUCAUCCGGAUCCACCUUUGCAACUAAUCCUCGAUCGGCCAACUUUCGAUGUGGUUGUUAUCGUGUCGAAGCUUGUUGAACAAAAGCUGCGCAACAAACAUUGCCCGAAAGAAAAAGGGCAAAAACUGUCUUUUCAGUGA